CAAAGUUUACUUUGAACCACUAUCAGUCCAGCAAAGCUCCUGCUUCUACGGUAAGCUCUACGGGUGCAAACUGGUAGUGAGCUUGGGAUUCGUUAUCAUAUCAGUUGUGUUUUAUCCUGCAGCAGAGAUAGGACGUCGAGUUUGUUUGUGAAACAUCGCAACCGCUAUCCUUGUUUUACCCUCGUUAAUCUUGAUAGUCGAGAGUAACAACUCCUUUGGACUAUUUUUUCCAUUCAUUUUCUACUUUCCAUACUUUUACUCGCGGUUGGUACUGUUUGAUUUUGAUAUAGAUGUCCCGUUUUUCGUCGAAUUGUUCAAUUCAUGGAACAGAGUGCUAGAGUUUGGGCAAGCUCGGUCGAAGCUGGACCCGUCAAGCCUGCCUCACCUUAUCAAUCAACACCAACCAAAAACUCACAUUCAGAUAACAACAACAAUAAUAACAACAACAACAACAAGGUGAUUGAACGACGUCCAAGCGAGGUGGACAUUGAGAGUCAUCGUGAGGUGAUCAUUGACAGCGGGAGAGUAGCAAGAGACGAUCACAGCGACGACGACGCUGAAAGCAGCUUUGAUAGAGAAUUCGAAGAGGGAACUGAAGGAGAAAAGGGGAGUCCUGGAAGUGGAGACAACCAGGAGAAGACAGAGAUCCACGUUCCUGUAGAUUCUGAGUCAAUCAAAGACGAGCCCUUGUCACCCGUUCAACAAACCUCAUUCACCGGUGGAGAGUCAAGCCGAGAGUUCUGGGCCAAACACGAAGCAAAGCGUGGUAUGCCACAUCAGGUCGGUGUAAGUCAUCUCCAACCUGAACAUAACAACAGCAACAUCCUACUACCUAAAGAAGACGUGGAGGUUUUCUUCAGUAAUCUUGAUAAGAACCCUGCCACAGGACUACAUCAGCAGUAUCUUUAUCCCCAGUAUCAUUUGACAAGCGAAUCCCAAAUGUAUCAAAGCGCCAGUAUCUCCUUGCAGAGUGCUCUGCAACCCACUGUCUCUCCCGGUGGCAUGCCGCCAUCUCAACAGCCUGGUUAUGAGGCAUCACCUGCCUCCUACAUCCAUUCAUCAGCUAACCCUGUCUAUGUACCAACUACCCGUCCAACUUUCUCUGGGAUGCAUCAUCCAGCUCAGUUCAUACAGCAUAUCCCAGCCGUUAGCAGCCCGAAUCAUCAGAACCCGAGCGUGAUCCAGGCCAAUGCUCACGCUGCUGCAGCCGUGUGGAGUCCGCAGUCUGAUGGUAGUGGUGGUGGUGGAGUGGUUGGCGGGGAUGGCCAUCAUCGAGGGUACUCCUUCCCCCCUAGUCCAGCGUUAACAACAGCCAACAGUCCGCUGUCUGGUCGACACCCUGGCUCCACACCUAAUGGUCUGGCUGGCUACUCGCCAUAUACCGAUCCAUGGUCGGGCUUUGAUGGGUCGAUGUUGCAUUCGAGUAUGGGCAGAGCUGCAGCUGCUGGAGGAAACUUUGCAGGACGCAGACCGACAGAAGCAGAAGCUCAGAUGAUGAAGAACAUGGAAGGUUACACAGCUGUCUGGCCUAAUGAGUAUGGACUGGGUCGUGAGUGUGUGAACUGUGGAGCCAUCUCCACCCCACUGUGGCGCCGGGAUGGUACCGGUCACUAUCUAUGUAAUGCAUGCGGUCUCUACCACAAGAUGAAUGGAUACAACAGACCUCUCAUCAAAAACCCAAGAAGAUUGCAGUCUGGCUCAAGACGAGAAGGAAUUACAUGUGCUAACUGUCACACUAGCACUACAACACUGUGGCGUAGGAAUAAAGACGGUGAACCGGUCUGCAAUGCUUGUGGCUUGUACUUCAAAUUACACGGCGUCAACCGCCCUCUGGCGAUGAAAAAGGAUGGCAUUCAGACUCGGAAGAGGAAGCCUAAGAAUCCCAACAAAGGAAAUCAACAGAGCAACGCACGCAAUGGCGGUGGACAAUCAUCACCUAAUGAUGUCAACAUUAAGGCUUCCUCACCAACCGGCAAACAGUCGUCUCCAUUGCCCACCUCCUCGCCCUAUACCAGCCACCCUAUCAAAGUAGAACCUCAGUACCGUGUAGGACUGUCCCCUCCACCGAUCACCAACCAAGUAUCCUACAUCCCUGGCCUGGUGCACCACAGUGGACCCAUCUCAUCAGCUCAAUCCCUCCAUCACCACCACCAUCACCCUGGCUCCUAUGCUGCUCACCUAGGAGCACCACCGACUCAUAUCAGCCAUGGAAUCAACAGUGAGCAAACCCUACAUCUUACCCAUCAGCCAGGACAGACCAUCCUCCUACACAAUGGACCAGCUAACUCUGCUAUCAAUCCUCUCAAUCUCAGCGCUAAUACCAAUGGUGGUGUGUCCCACCAUGCAGGCAGUCCCGGUGAGAUGACCAACACGGACUCUACCUCACCACAUCAUGUCUUGUUCAGUGGAGUUAAUCCCUCUCCACCAUCCGCCGUUGCCGUGCCAGUCUCAGUUUCCAAAGUAGAUUCUGAAUGAGAAAUAUGAAUUAUAUACCCUGCAAUAUUUCAUAUGACAUAUUAUAGAAAGAAGAAUAAAAUCAUCAUUCUGACCUAGAUUUACCUCUUCAUCGAAUGUUGUUUAUGCCAUGAUUCCAAAGAUAUUGCUUCAGUUAUUAUUACGUCAUUGUAUAUAGUUUCAUUUUCCACAUAAACCUCAUUCAACUCCUUAUUGAUUCCACACAUUUUUGUGGAAAAACGUGAAGAAAAUCAACAAAACUACGUCAUGGAUAAAUAAUGAUUUCAUGAAAAUGACUCUUAAAGCUUGGAAAGAGAUCUUUUUCCAGAGGAAAUCACCAGAGACAAGGACAUGAGAGCGAAGAUGAUUGUGUUGUGACCAGAAAGAUAUACAAUAUUGAUCUGAUACCAGCAAGGGUCUGACAUACCACAGAUACAUUCAUAUUGGUCAGAUCACUCAUAAUUAAGCUUCGUUAUACAUUCAUGAAACCCCUCCUUCAGAUAAUUGCCAACAACCACAUAAAUGGUGUGACAUGACGUGUUUCUAAAUGGAGGAAAACUGAUGAUGUGAUUCAAACAAUUCUAGUUUGAAAGUAAGAUAAGAUCACUCUCGUUACUCUGACUAAUAUUGGAUGAUAGAUUGCAAGCAUGAUUAUGUGCCACCUCCAUGCACGUUUAAACUGAUGAUAUACUCACAGUCAAGGUCCAGGAUACGGACCAGUUAAAGAACUAUAACAAACUAUUAUUGUUGUACUUUAACUAAAGGUCAACAGAACAACCUUGAUAGUGAGAAAUAUAGUUUUAUGUAACCUUUUAAAUCUUUUCUCACCAAUGAUUGCAUGCAUUAUCAGAGUUAUAUAAUGCAUAACAUCUGACAUAACAUUAUGACUGCACUGCUUAAAAAACUACUUAUCUACUUACGGUGACUGUAUAUGUGUAUCACAAAGCCUCACUUGCGAAUUAGAUAAUUGAAAAGAUAAGCUGUGACGAUUAUUCUAAACUUGCCAGACAACCUUUAUUUGCAUUGCCAUGUUCUCUAAUAUUGCCAAAUUGAUAUAAUGAAGAAAAAACUUGCCCAUGUUAGCAUUCUACAGUUAAUUAGAAUGAAGAUGUGUUUGCUGUCCGUUUGUAAAUCACUAAAACGUUGAAUAUAGAUUUUGCGUUGCAUCUUGGGGAACUGAGAAAAAUGUAGGAGUGGAACUUCUGUUGGGAAUACCAGUUCAGAUCGUCACUAUAUUGUGGGGGUGAGUUCGGUUUUCGGAACUUCAUAACUUUUAGAACAACAUUUUUCCUCCGACUUAAGUAAACUUACAAUGUUCGGUUGUUCUUCUUUAUGUUCCAUUGUUCCACUCGAAGCAACCUGUUAUCAACGUAUGAUUAUCCUGUAACAAGGAGCUUCUAAUGAUUAUGUCAUUUUAAGGAAUAUGCUUAAGAAACGAGCAACGAUUUAAAUGAUAGAUCAAUGUAAAUUUGAUUCUAUAAACAUGUACGUCGCGUUGCAGUUUCUAACCUUUCUAUUCAUGUUAUUUUGUUUUAGUUCAAGAAACGUAUUUUGCUUUUCAUAUCAUGUGAUCACCGCGUUUUCACCUAUCUGGUUCCAUCGUUGUAUACUCAUGAACGGUGGUAAUAUCUUGUAAAUAGUUUUGGUAUUAUCUUCGAAGAGUUUAUAUCUGUAACCUCACAGACAUGUGUCAGUAUUUUCUUUGUCUAACGGAAGUACCCUAUUAUAAAUAUAGCUCCUUAAGGCGUGCUGUCGUUUUUCAGUUAUCGAUCUUUAGGGAAAGUUGUAGAUAUUACUGUUUCUGAUAAGAUAACGGCUUACGAUAACUUAGAAACAGAAAUCGUGUAAUAUACCAUAAAUUCAUAACAGAUAUCGGCGAUAAGUUAAAAAAAUCUUCAUAUUUUACUGUGUUAAUCUUCAUAAGGUGACCAUUGUUCGAAUGUUUGACCAGAAGGGAUAUGCUGUUGUGUUUGUUGCUAAUAAUAUAAAGCAACAUUUCAUGUAAAAAGGAUUGCGAAAAAAGAAACAAUAACGUUACUAUGAACAAAAUUUGAGAUAUAUCCCCUAGUUGUAGAAUUAAAGGGAAACGAAAUAUUAGAUCGGAAUGUAUUAAUUGAUAGGGUAUAUCUAAACUCGAAAUGGUACUCGUACGGUAAAAUCUUUAGCCAUAGUUAUAUAAGUAUAGAUUUAAAUUGUUUUAGAUUAUAUUUUGUAAUUUCAAACAUAAUGAUGAAUUCAAAGGAGUCCAUUAAUUGCGGCAAUAUUGUUGUACAUUACAUGAAACAAGUCCAUACGGAUUAAACCAAAGACUUAACAGUGAUGAUUAUAAUUACUGUGUACUAUAUUAUGAUGAGCAUAACUAUUAUCAUGUUAAGUACUUAAUCAUUGUCCAGUUCAGUGUGAUAUGUUAUCCUGAUGUUAUUUAUUAAUCGAUGUAUCAUUUGAGAAACUAAAUUACAUGAACUAUAAUGUUUAUGGUUAACAAAAUCAUAAUCGUUUACAAUUGCAAA